AUGGCUCCGCUGCGCUUCGCCGCCAACCUGGCCUGGAUGUUCCAGGAGCAGGCGACGCUGCCCCAGCGCGUCGAGGCCGCGGCGCGGGCCGGAUUCCGGGCGGCCGAGCUGGGCUCCCCUUACGCCUGCAGCGCGCCGGAGCUGCGGGCGGCGGCGGCCCGGGCCGGGCUGGAGCUGGUCCUGCUCAACACCCCGUCAGGAAAUGAAGAAAAAGGUGACAGGGGCCUAGGCGCCGUGCCUGGCCGCCAGCAUGAAUUCCGAGAGGCCCUGGCCUUGGCGGUGCAGUAUGCCAAGACCCUGCAGUGUCCAAGGAUCCACCUUCUGGCUGGGCGGCUUCCUGAGGGGGCUGAGCGGGAGGCUGUGUCUGCUGAGAUGGAAGCCACAUUCAUCGAGAAUCUCAGAUAUGCUGCUGACAUCCUGGCUCAGCAAAACCUGACUGGGCUAUUGGAGCCCAUUAACAGCCGGAUUACUGAUCCCCGUUACUUCUUGACCACCCCCCAUCAAGCUGCUGCCAUCUUGAAGAAAGUGGGAAGCAACAACUUGAAGUUGCAACUGGACAUUUUCCAUUGCCAAAUCAUGGAUGGGAAUCUGACUCAGAACCUGGAAACAUAUUUCCCAAUUCUUGGACACGUUCAGAUUGCUCAGGUACCAGGACGGCAUGAGCCUGACAGCCCUGGAGAAUUAGACUUCCCCUACCUCUUCCAGCUUCUGGAGUCAAUGGGUUACAGUGGCUAUAUAGGAUGCGAGUAUGCUCCUGCAGGAGACACGGUGAAGGGGCUUGGCUGGCUGCGCUUGUACUGGGAGAGUCGGGGCCUGUGUGGUGGCGGAAGCUGAGGAGUUCA